AUGCUGUUUCGUUGUCUCAUUUUGAUUUGGGUGCUCCUGCAAACAUCGCUAUGCGACCAUUGGCCUUAUCAUCGAUAUUAUGGGAAGAAAUCCCGCUCCGGUGAAUUCAUGCCCGACUUUUCUCGUGCCAUUCAGUCCAAAGGUAGCCAACACCGCUUCAUCCACUGGCUUCAUGACGUCUCUGAAACGCAGGAUAGCGGCGAAGUACGUCGCAUGUUCAUUAAUAACACCAUUCCCAGGGAUGCGACCAGUCUAGACGAAGUAUUUGACCAUCUUAAACGGCCUCAGCCCGGUAACUUCAGGGGCAAUAUUUCACAUUUGGUUCCACCGCUCAUAGCUAACCUGCCAUCUGACGAAGCUGAGAAGCUCUUUGGAAACCUGAGGUAUGCCCUUGAUUCCAAGUGUAUCGUCGAUAAAUCCAACUGGUGGUAUAGAACCACCGACGGAUCUUGCAAUUGGAUGAAAAAGGAUGAGAUCAAUGAAGGCCGGAUCGGAAUGGCAAAGGCUAGGGAUUACGGUGACCACCAUUACGCUGACGGAAUAUCCAAGCCGCGCGAAGGUCCCAAUGCUCGUGCCGUCUCCAAUGCGUUCUUUAAGAGAAAUAGGACUAUCUAUUAUGAACAUACGCCACUUCUUAUCGGGCUGAUUGAGUUUGUCAUGCAUGACGUCACGUAUAGCAUGGACUCGCCAGAAGAAACUAUUGAGGUUGAAAUGCCUCCUGAUGAAGACACAUUUGAUAAAAACACAAAAUUUGUGGUGCAUCGUACAAAAGCCGUCCCUGGGACUGGUACCUCCAUGACAAAUCCUCGAGAAAAUGUGAACAUGGCGACUACAUGGCUGGACAUUUCGAGUCUUUACGGCUCUACCUCAGAUGUGGCUCGAGCAAUACGAUCAUACAAGAAUGGAAAACUGUUGACGCAAGAAGUGAAGGCUGGCAAUAUGUCACUGGCUACAUCAUAUCUCCCGUUCAAUUCUUGGAAUGUUUCAAUGAGGACAACACCCGGACUGGAUCCUACCACGUUAUUUACGGGAGGUGAUCCACGGACAAACGAAGACUGGCUGGUGUUAGCUGUCCAUACCCUCCUGCUCCGAGAGCACAAUCGCCUGUGUGACCUCUUGGCCAAGCAGCAUCCGGCAUAUGUCGAUAUGAAGAAUUCAGAGCAUACCGAUGAGAAGCUCUACCAAACCGUUAGGCUGAUAAUGUCUGCCAAGUAUGCUCUUGUUGCCAACUCGUACCAGAUGGCGUACUGGACUGAUAAAAUGCCAUGGCCUAGAGAUGACGGUUUUCCACUCUACCGUCAAAUGUAUGGCGAAAGCUUCAUGGAGAUCAACCCGAUGAACACAUAUCCCUGGCCACUAGUAACAAAGGGUGGGAAGCCUAUGGUGGUUUCUGCCGAGAUGGCCAUCGUGUAUCGGUUUCAUGAGUUUAUUAUCAGUCAGUUUCCUAUUAAAGAUGCCAAAAAUAACACAUUAUGGAAUCAGUCGGUCUUCGAUACAGGAUUCAAUCCACAAGGUUUCCUCAAUACGGGUUUAGAUAGCAUUCUACGCGGAAUGGUUGGCAGUCACAUCCCAAAUUUCAAGAGCGGAGUCGAUGAGUCCUUCAGAUCUGCUGGGAAAUAUAGAGCUGAGCCAUUCGACGUUAGUACGUGGAGUAUCGUUCAUGAGCGGGAACAAGGGCUCCCUACGUUUAACACGUAUUUCCGUGAAUAUAAUAAGCAAGACCCAAAAGUGACUGUCAAAGUUCCAUCAACGUUUGAAGAAUUCACAUCGGAUCCUGAAAAGGUUCAAAAGUUGAAGACCCUUUACGACAGACCCGAUGAUGUCGACUUAGUUGUUGGUGUUCAGCUGGAUGAGACGUACUUCCCGGGAACCACUGUGCCGAAAUCCGCGCUUAUUAUAAGUUUGUUCAGUUUAUUUGGCAUGGGCAAUUCCGACAGGUUUUCCAUUGGCUUUGCCGUAACCAGAUGCCUUCUUGUGGACCAGCCGUUUGAUUGUCAUCCCAGCAAUGCUCUAGAGGAACUGCUUUGGAAACCACACCCGGAGCCAGGUCUGCCUAAUAUGCGCCGGCUGGAUGACUUUUGGCUGAACGAGCUGGAUUUCCCAGAUCAUGGCACGAAUCUGCUAUGGAGAUUGGUCACAGAGAACACUGAUAUCAGUUGUCUCCAGCAGGAUCCUUUAUUCCCUGCUGACCCCAAAACCAAUCCCGUCCUGUGUAGCCUUCCAACUCUCCCUUGGUGGAAAAUUGCAACUACAGCGGUAUCAGGUUUUGAGAUAGUUGAAACAAAUAUAGAAGAUUACCAUACGGCUUUGGCCACGGUCAUGCUGGCCCUUGGAUUGGGUAUGUUUCUACAAAUGAGGUCGAGAUUCCGCCAUGACAGGCUGAAUAUCCCCCCCGUGUACUCCGGACUGCCAAUAAUUGGAGAGGCGCUGAAUUUCGCCAAGGAUCCGAAGGGUGUUCUGUUGAAAGGCUUUGUGGAGUACGGUCAGACCGUAUCACGAUGUUUUGGCCUGAAACUCGCAUCACUGGUCUACUUUGUCGUCACUCGAUCGACCGACCUCGAGUGGAUGGAGGCUGAUAACUCCAAAGAAGAGAUAUUCAGCCUACACAAGUUUCUUGGUGUUAUCAACUUCCCUCUUAUUGUCCACCAGGAAAACUUUGAUUCAAACCUACACGUCAAUAUCGUACGGGAGUAUCUGGGAAAUCGCCGGGUGGUAUCCAAGUUCGGAACGACGAUAUUGGACGCUUCCAAUCGGUUCAUUGACAAUUCGUUGCCACACACUAGAACCGAUCUAUCACAGUUUGUCCCAGUUCUCAUGAAGUACAUUACGACGGUUAUCGGAGCUUGCAUGGUUGGAGAUGAAAUUUUUGACCAUCCCGACUUGCUGAAAAUAUUUGACCAGUUCAAUGAUCACGCUGUCGAAGCAAUGGGGCUAUCUAGCUUAUUACCGUCUCGUCUGCAAUUUCUCGCCGGUAUAAAAAUCAACGCAGAUUAUAGGAAGGCUCGAAAGAUUCUAAUACCGAUCAUCCAGAAGAGGCGAGGGCAAAUCGGAACAGCUGAAUCGGGUGCCAAAAACAUUACUCUACUCGACCAAUUUCUCAAAGACGUGCCGGAUAAUGAAAGGGCUGCUGAUCUAGUUGUAAUCCUCGUAUGGGGUGGCCUCACAAACCUACAAGCAACAUUCCCAUCCCUCAUCAUGGAUAUCAUCAACGACCCCAACGCCACAAGGGCACUAGCUGAUACAUGGUCCCUCCUGGACCCCGCGAGACUCUCCGUCUUCGAUGAACUCCCCAGACCCGAUCCAACGAAUCCAUGGACCCCGCUGCGUGCAGCUAUGUUCGAGUCCAUUCGCCUCUCCGGACCGAUAACGGGGCCUGCCCGCUUCAUUUUGAAAGAUGCGCAACUGCCUUCAUCCAUGCCAUACAAGACUUCACCUCAGGAGACAGAGUCAGAGUCAGAGCCGGCGCCCACAGUUAAACCGCAGAAAUUACCCCAGGGCCAAGUCGCGACGCUCUCCGCAUACUAUACUCAUCGAUCGCCAGCAGUCUAUGGACCGGACGCAGCUAAAUGGGUCUCGAACCGCUUUUUGCGGUCAGAUCCCGACAUUGGUAGCCCCAGGUUUAUCAGUUGGGGUUUGAAGGGCCCACAUACGUGUCCUGGGCGCUGGUUUGCUCAGGAAUGUAUCCUGGUUAUGUCUAUGUGUUUGAUGGGUAGGUAUGAUAUUGUGCCAGAGGAGUACCUUAUUGACGAAGAGAAGUAUAUAUAUUUGUCUAGCAAUGUUGAAAGGCGGAAUGUUAGGGUUACAAUAACUCCAAGAGGCCGAUGUUUGUGA